ACACAAUCGUAAAAAUAAAUCAAGUUCGUCUAACAGACAAGGAUGAAAUGAAAUUAACUGUUAUAUGGGCAAUAGGUGCUUACCCUGUUGAAAGCGAAGAUUGUGAAAUGGAAAUUGUUCUCUUUGUUCCCUUAGACGAAAAUGAAAGAGACCCUAAUGCUCAGUCGGUUUUUGUGAAAAACAAAUAUUAUAGUAUUUGUGGAAAAGUUGUACCAGGCACUUACAAUAACAAAUUAAGAUUAAAAAUGACUGUUACUUCAUCAACACAUCUUACGAUUAGAAGGAAUCCUGGCUCAAACAGGUGCCCGUUGAAAACUUCGUUAAUUGGUAUCGCUCAAAAUAUGCCAAAAGAAGUUAAUGAUGAGAAUGCCAUAUUCAAAGUACUAGUAAAUGACUACGCUGGUCAACAUUGUAGUUUUCUUAUUAAGAUCGCUUUUCCAUACCGACAUAUGGAAGUUAUAGAAGAAGAUUUAUAUGUUUAUGCUGCUGACGUUUCUCAA